AUGUCAACUGGAGCGAGUGUCGAACCAAUGGUAUCCCACAGCGACAACAAUGGUGUGCAAUUGAGUAAGGCUGAGGCCGAAGUAUAUGAUCGCCAGAUACGCUUAUGGGGAAUGGAAGCGCAGCAAAAUGCAUUCCUAUGCGGGUUGUCUGGUGUGGGCGCAGAAAUUGCUAAAAACCUCAUGUUGUGUGGGUUGCGUUCCCUCACACUUAUGGAUGAGAAAGCUGUGAGCAAAGAAGACACCGAAUCUAGUUUUCUUCUCGAUGACAGUUGUAUCGGCCAAAACCGUGCGAGAUCUUCGUAUGAGAAGGUGCAAGCCCUGAAUCCAAUGGUUAAAGUGGAGGUGGUUGAAUCCGAACUAAAUAGUAUGGAUGCCGACUUCGUCUCCCGCUUUACCCUUGUUGUGCUGUGUGACCAAUCAUAUGACGACGUUUUGCUUUGGAACGAAAGAUGUCGCAAGUUGAAUGUUGGCUUCAUUGCAUGUAGUGUUUUCGGCUGGAUGGGAUAUUCCUUCUUCGAUUUCAAUGAUCAUCUGUUUCUCAGUGCUGUUGAAAAGAAGCAAAAUACAGUGUAUGAUGAAGAUGGAGGUGGUUCGUCAAGCGUGCCGGAAGCAGUAGAUCUCGAUUCUGAGGACGUUUUUGAGAAAAAGAAGCUUCAAUACCCAUCUUUCGAAGAUGCUUUCAACGUUGACUGGUCGAAGAAGCAGCUGCUUCGAAAGUCAAGGCGUCUCAUCCCUUGCAGUUAUUUCCCCCUCAAAGCUAUGUUGCGAGCACAAAAGGAGAAGAAAUUGACAGGCGAUGAAGACGGGGAUGUCACCCUUCUUACAAAGAUGUGGAACGAAGAAGUAUUGGCAGCUAACCACGAGCUUGAAAGACAGUCAGUUCAGCCGGAGGAGUUCCACUAUUUCUUCGGGCCGCAGCUUUCACCAGUUUGUGCUAUUGUUGGAGGACUAGCUGGGCAGGAGGCAAUAAAGGCAAUGUCCGAGAAUGAGCGUCCUCUGCGAAACUUGUUCAUCUAUUCUGCCCUUGACUCGACUGGGAUCGUUUGUUAUUUCCCGCCGCAGUGA